AUGUAUAACAUUUUAUUAGAUAGCUUUCAGACCAUGGUUAACAAUCGUCAGUCAAUUGCCCCGGCUCCAUCCCCGGAAUAUACUGAGCUUUUAAGAAGGCUCACCACUAUGGAGGAAAGUCUCAAGACCAUGGAUUCAAACAUUGGCAUUGUCAUCAAGGGGAACAAAGAUUCAUUGGAAAUACUUGAUAGCAUUGCCGAUGCCUCUGGAGAACUUCUUGCAGUUAUUGCUCCUACCACUAUACCUGCUUCUGCUUCUGUCCCUUUCGCAGCUUCUUCCGUUGGUUCUACUCUGGAUUGGUAUACAACACCUUCUGAGGCUUUUUUUGGUAUCUCUUCUGCUGCUCCUUCUGCUGCUCCUUCUGUUGCUCCUUCUGCUGCUCCUUCUGUUGCUCCUUCUGUUGCUCCUUCUGUUGCUCCUUCUGUUGCUCCUUCUGUUGCUCCUUCUGUUGCUCCUUCUGUUGCUCCUUCUGUUGCUCCUUCUGUUGGUCCAGUGGUUCUUACUGGUGCAAACACUGGUGAACUUAGUAAACAGGAUCGCACUAGAGUUUUAGCUCUUAUCCGAGGAGAGUUGAAGAAACACAACUUCAAAUCAAAUAAGCCAGAACUAGUUGCAGCUAACGACAGCAAGCGCAGUUGGGAUGUUAAUGUUGAUUACAGACUUCCACCCAACAGACAGCUGAUGCAUGACCUUCAUGCAUAUCUGGCUCCAAAGGUUGUUGGGACUAGUGUUCGACAGGCCGAUAUUAACGCCGAGUCAAGGAAUCCUAUGAAGCGCGCAAAAAGACAAAUUAUUGGUCAAGAAAAGCAGCAUUUUGACCGUCACGAGCUGACCUACCAUACAUUCAAGGCUGAAAUUGAUAUGAAGGUGGGUAAGAGCUGCGAUGGACUCUUACAGAAAGAAGCAAUGUCUGAGGGCGAAUCUGAAGACGAUAUGCCUGGAGUCUCGAGCAACCAUGCGAUUCGUACAGUGCGUCCAAGUUGGAGAAGCGAUGAGUACAAUCACUUUCUUGCAGUUGUUGAUGAUUUUAUGCGUAAUCACAUGGACUUCAAUCUGCGUCAGAUAUUGAAGAGGUCCUUCGGUAGAGAUGCUGUUUUAGCAGUCCCGCCUAGAUUGACGUCCCUUCUCCCUCACUGGGCUUUUAGAGAUGAGUUUCAAUAA